AUGGAAUCACCCCGGACCAACCACACUAUUUCAGCAUCGGAGAGAAAGCGUAUGCGUGAUAGGAAGGCCCAAAAAACUGCCAGAGAAAAACGCGGAGUCCGUAUAAAAGCUCUGGAAGAUCGCGUGACUUACUGUGAAAGACACCAUGGAGCUAACUGGGUGCAACAUAUGAUGGCGGCAAUGGAAAAUCUACAGCGCGAGAACCAAAUGUUGCGCGAGCGCCAGGAACGGCUCCGCGUCUUAUUCUCCUCGUGGGAGCAGGAUGAGAGCACUCCACACCCAAUACGUGGUGACGUGACGUCAAUACGCAUUGAUCCUUCGAGUGCCGCUCAUGCGCCAGCUAAAGCUCUCUCUAUCCAGCAGCCACUAAAUACCCGUGGAAUUAAGAGAGACGGGGUGCCCUCACAGGGAUUCCCCUCUUCUCAUUCAAACCCAGCCAGUCCUCUCUUUCCUGGUGAAACAGCACCAGAGUCUAUCCCAGCCUGGUGCCUGACCCCGAUAAAUGAGUAUGGUCGUAUAUCCACCCCCCUACCGGCCGCAACAUGUCCUUGGCUGGCACAUCCAGACCAAAUCGCCGCCUGUCCAUCCCUACCGUCCCCGCUCGAUUUGUUACACGGUACAAGACGAAACUUCUUGGCCGACAAAAUCAGCCAGGCCCUCCGAGUGCGGGCGAUCCGUGAUCCGGAACGUUUGGCAUGCGGCUGGCUCAUCUACGUCUUUAGCAAAUGGCUAGUUACCCCCAAUCUCGCGGCCUUUUCCCACAUUCCGUCGUUUCUGCGGCCUAUCCUGCUGCAGAUGCAACGCGAUCAUCCCUCCGGACUAGACGUCCUUGUCUUUCCACAAAUACGGGCCAACCUCAUCCAGAACUGGGACAAGUAUGACUUUAAAGAGGUGUUUGACUAUAUGUCUUGUUGCCAGAAGGUACGGUGGCCCUGGGGUGAAGAUAUCCUAGAGCGCGACGGCGAAGACAAUUUACAUAUCAGAAGGGAGUUUUUUGAUGUGUUUACGCGUGAGAGUGGGUGGGGCCUCACGCCGGAAUUCAUGGAGAAAUAUCCCGGAUCAUUGCCAAGAAUUGGUUGGGAUGCAUAA